UUUCAGGCUGCUGUCAAAGAAACGAACUACUGCUUUGCAGUGCCACUCUAGGACACUGUGGGAUGUGGAAAAAAACAGGCUGAAAGAGAAAAGAUAAACAGAUUCUCUUCUGUUGCUUGCUUGCUGAUGAAGGAGCUGAAAGUGAACAGCCCCAAGAAUAAAAUUGACCAGGACUGAUUAAAACAUAAUAAUAUGGGCAGCCUUCAGUUGGAUGAUUUUGUAGCUGGAUGGGUAGGAGGAGCUGCAGGUGUAAUUGUGGGACAUCCUCUGGACACCGUAAAGACACGCUUACAAGCUGGACAAGGCUAUGGGAGUACUUUUAACUGUGUCCUCACUGUGUACAGAAAUGAAAGUGCUGCUGGGUUCUUCAAGGGAAUGUCAUUCCCACUGGUUAGCAUCGCUGUCUACAAUUCAGUGGUGUUUGGUGUCUUCAGCAAUACCCAAAGGUUCAUUAGUCAGCAUCGCUAUGGGAAUUCUAAUAGUUCUCCAGCACUUAUGGACUUAGCAUUAGCAAGCAUGGCAACAGGGAUUGUUUCAGUAGGAAUUGGUGGUCCGGUUGAUCUGGUAAAGAUAAGGCUUCAGAUGCAGACCCAAACUUUUCUUGAAGCCGACCUAGACCUGAAACACAGAGUCACUGGCAUUUCCAUAAAGCCUGCCUACAGAGGCCCAGUUGACUGUGUUGGCACAAUUCUUCGGCAGGAUGGUUUAGCUGGACUAUACCGAGGUUCUAGUGCUAUGAUUCUGAGGGACAUUCCUGGAUAUUGCCUCUACUUUAUCCCUUACACAUUUCUCUGUGGCUGGAUCACCCCAGAUGGAUGCCUGUCUCCUAGCCCCUUUUCUGUGUGGAUAGCUGGUGGUAUUGCAGGAGCAAUAUCUUGGGGAACUGCCACUCCUAUGGAUGUUGUGAAGAGUCGUCUUCAAGCAGAUGGGGUUUAUUUCAAAAAAUACAAAGGAGUAAUUGACUGUAUCUACCAAAGUUAUCAGAACAAUGGUCUAAAGGUCUUUUUUAGGGGCUUCACAGUCAAUGCAGUGCGUGGAUUCCCUAUGAGUGCUGCCAUGUUUCUUGGAUAUGAACUUUCACUCAAAGCCAUAAGAAACCAAGCGCAGACAAAUCCUUGACUUUCAGUUUUUUUUCUUUGCUCCUCUUGAAGAGUUUUCUGCACUUCCACAUCCUGAGCCAAAUGAACAUCACAGCCUUGAGGAGGGACUUGAUGUCACUAACAUGGAGCAUGAACUGAACAAACUUCAUCAUGCCAGAGAACCUUCCAUAUCUGGAAUGGACUUCCUAUGAGCUAUGAGUAGGCAUGAGUUGAAUUUUGAGCCAAACCUUCUUAAUCUAAAAUGUAUCUUAUUAAAAUUGGAGGUAACUUUAAAAUGUAUCUGGUAGUCUGACAAUGACCUAAACUUUUAUGUCAUUUCUGCCAGUAUCUAUAAUAAGGUAAUUGGACUCCUUUGUCUAGAGAAAUCAAACAAAAUAACCUACAAAAAUUACAAGUUUUUGCAAUUGUUAGUCAUGCCUUUUAUGUGAUGAAACUGUCUUCCUUGUCUUUGUAUGACAAUACUCUGUCCAUCGAAAGACAAGAAUGAAUGU